AUGGAAAAAGCUUUUCUGACAUUAGGUAUUGCUUUCCUGAUAGGCACUCUUUACAAUUUGAAUUAUUCUCCUUCUGUUGAUUUAAAGUAGAAGUAUAAUGAUUAUAAAAUGACUUACAAUAAAUAAUACACUGCUGCAGAAGAUUAAUAUAGAUUUUAAGUUUAUCUGUAAACUUUAGAAUAAAUUGCUCUUUAAAAUGCUAAAUUGGGUAGAUAAGUAUAUGGUGAAACCUAAUUUGCUGAUAUAACUGAUGAAGAAUUUAGAGAACAAUAUUUGACAUUAAAAUAUUCCCCAUAAGAUUAUGCAAAUGAACCAAGAGAAUCAUUUUCACAUAUAACAGCUGAUCCUAAAGAAAUUGAUUGGAGAUAAUCUGGAGCAGUUACACCAGUCAAAAAUUAACUUAAAUGUGGAUCAUGUUGGACAUUUAGUACUACAGGUGUUUUAGAAGGAUUUUUCAAAGUUACUACAGGUGAAUUACCAUCUNAAACAAUAUAUUUAUGAAUAUUGCCAUUUUAUGACAAUGUUGAAAUACUCUCAAACUGUAUUAGUUCCUAGUGAAGAGGUUGAUUAAGUUUGGCACACUCAUUAAUGUAUGACAAAAUAAUAUCGCUAGUUUUGCUAUGCAAUCUAUGAAAGAUUUAUUUAUCAUAAUCCUGCUAAUUUAGGAAAUUAAACUGUAGUUUAAGAUUUCUAUUCACAAACACUUAUAUUUUAUAAAAGAAUUUUUAAAUAUGAACCAGAUUCUUAAAUAUGGCCUUGUAAAGAGGAAAGAUGGAAUCCUUAAAACUGUUUAGGAUCAUGGGUUAAUCUUUAUAGAUUAUCAAUGAGUAUUAUCCAAUUAAUAUAAGAAAAGCUUCAACCUACUUCUAAAAAUAUUCUCUAAAAAUAUUAAACUUGGAAAGGUACAAAUGUUUUUAGAGAUCAAACUUAAAUUUAGGUUGAAAAAUCAACAGAAAUGACUUAGAGUGCUUUAUAAUAUUAAAAUUAUGAAGUUGGUUGCUAUAGUUUAUCUGAAUUAGAAGAAGAUAGAUUUUCAUAAAAUCAGAAGAGAAAUGAGUUAUUUUUUGACGAUGAUGUCAUCAUCAACUCUAUUUAGUGAU